AGCCUUUAUUUACCUUCAGGCUUAAAGGCAAAGCUCCUGAUGCAGAGACUAUAUCAGACCAGAGCAGACUGUUGUCUUCUCAGAUAAAGGGAAGAAGAAAGAUCCAGCAAGGGUGAGGUGUGCAUCCACCUCCCAGCCUGCACCCCCAAGAAUGGGAACCCCAGCCACCUUGGCCUGCCUGCUCCUUCUCCUGCAUCUCACAGCUGGGAUCUCUUCAAAGACGUAUUAUGUGGUGGUGAUACCAACUGAGCUCUACCACCCACACAAGGGGAUGAUGUGGGUCCAUCUGGCCAACUUCAAUGAAACCGUCCUGGUGACUCUCCAACUGGAAAGACAGAGCCCAUCCAGCAACAUCAGCCUGCUAGAGAAGAAGGUCAAGGAGCCCAAUCUGACGGAGAGUGUGUCCUUCUUGGUGCCAGCCCCAACCACCAGCGGGGAGGAAGUUGCCCACCUGCACAUCUCAAUUGAAGGAGAUUCCCUGAAGUUCUCAGAGCGGAAGAAAGUGCUCCUGAAAGCACUGGAGCCUGGGACCUUUGUACAGACAGACAAACCCAUCUACAAGCCUGGACAGACAGUGAACUUCCGGAUCGUCAGUUUGGAUAAAGACUUUGUUCCCAGUAACAAGAAGGUGCCCCUGGUGACCCUGCAGGAUCCCAAUGGGAACCGGAUCGCUCAGUGGCGAGAUGUGGCCCCCCAGCAGGGCAUCGUGGACCUGUCCCUCCCUCUGUCUGCAGAGCCGGCCUUGGGGACGUACUCCAUCGAUGUGGAGGGCACUAAGCACUCCUUCAGCGUGGAGGAAUACGUGCUGCCCAAGUUUGAAGUGACCCUUGAGUUGCCCCCUGUGGUGACAGUGCUGAAGGAGACGUUAGAAGUGCGAGUGUGUGGCCAAUACACCUACGGGAAGCCCGUUCAGGGGACAGUCCAGAUCAGCCUGUGUCAAAAAGCCUGGCGUUUCCGAUUUAGUCGUAAUGAAGCCCAACAAUUGUGCAUGGAGUUUACUGGCCAGACCGAGAAGAAUGGAUGCUUUUCCAAGAAAGUGUCAAUGUCUCAUUUUAACCUGACUUCCUCUGGAUACAGAACGAACCUCCAGGCCACAGCCUCACUAACGGAGGAAGGGACAGGGGUAGAGCGCAAUGUGACCAAGAGCUGCUGGAUCGUCUCUGACAUUGUCUCGGUGACCUUUGAGAAAGCUGAUGCUUCGUACAAGCCUGGAAUCCCCUUUGUUGGCAAGCUGCUCCUGAAGGUGACAGACAGCUCUUCAGUGAAGAAUGAGAAGCUUCAUCUCUUUGUUACCCAUGGGGGAGGGACAGAGAACAAGACAUUUGUGACAGAUGAAUCUGGGAGAGCCUCCUUUGAGCUGGACUCGUCCAGCUGGACUGGGACAGUUACUCUAAGGGGGCAGUUCAAAGAGGUGGAUCACAGUUAUGUGCGUGGGAGAGUCUCUCCCCAAUACAGAGAUGCCUACCAUUCCCUGGAGCCCUUCUACUCAGAGAGCAAGAGUUUCCUGAAGAUCCAUGCACAGGGAGAGGUGCUUCCCUGUGAUCAGACCCAACAGCUUCAAGUGGAGUACAUCAUUGCCAGGAAGGCCCUGGGAGCUGAGACCAAGAGCCUGGAUUUCUACUUCCUGGUUGUGGCCAAGGGAGCCAUCAUAAGGAGCCUGUGGAAAGGACUAGACUUUGGAGAGGGGGCUGAGCUGAAGGGCUCCUUCUCCACUGAGCUGCCUGUUGGGGCUGAGCUGGCACCCUCUGCCAAGGUGCUGGGUUAUACAGUGCUGCCCAGUGGAGAGAUGGUUGCCGAUAGCACUGAGCUUCACAUGACCAAGUGCUUCCUGAACAAGGUGAAGCUGGCGUUCUCGCAGGACAGGGCCCUGCCAGGCUCCGAGCUCCACCUCCAGGUACAGGCCUCCCCUGGCUCCCUGUGCGCUGUCCGGGCCGUGGAUCAGAGUGUGCUGCUCAUGAAGCCCGAGGCUGAGCUCAGUGUUGACACGGUCUAUAACUUGCUUCCACGUUUCCCCAAAGGAAGCUAUCCCUACAAGGCUCAAGAUCCUGACACACACUGUCCAGGACCAUUUUGGCGGCCAUCCAUGAGAGUUCCCAUAGGUUCGGCUUUUGGCCGUCGUGACAACCUGAGACAACCUAGUAAAAGAGCAGUUAACCCUGAGAAUUGUCUAGUACGUCCAUUUCCUCCUCCUGAAAGUGACAUGUCUGAACCUAUGAUAUUACUGCCACUGUCACGGCCAUGGCCACCGCGAAGGCGACCACCACCAUUUGGGUAUCAACUUCCUUCUCUCCAGAGCCAUUCUGACACCUACAGCUUGUUUCAGAAUGCAGCUUUGAAAGUUUGCACGAACACCAACAUCAGGAUGCCCUGCUUGACUGAAGAACGUAUGCCUAUCUAUUACUCCCGCACAGACCUGACAAGUCCCCGAUACGGUGAAGGGUUGAACCCAGAUAUGCCGCUUCUAAGGGUGGCAGGAAUAGCUCCUGGGCCUUCCCUGGACAAUGCCAUGCCAGAGCCUAUCCAUGCAUCAUCCAACAUCCAUGAAGAACCAGCACUGCGGGCGUACUUCCCAGAGACAUGGCUGUGGGAUCUGGUCCCUGUGAGCGAGGAGGGCUCCAACAAUGUCCCAGUCACCGUCCCUGACAGCAUCACAGAGUGGAAGGCCGGGAUGUUCUGCACGGCAGAUGUUGGCUUUGGACUCUCCUCCACGGCCACCUUGACAGCCUUCAAGCCAUUCUUUGUGGAGCUGGCCUUGCCAUAUUCUGUGAUCCGUGGAGAGGCCUUCACCCUAAAGGCCACUGUCUUCAACUACCUGCUGCAAUGCAUCAAGGUGCAGGUGACACUGGUGGAGUCUACGCAGUUCCAGGCACAGGCUGGCGAGGAGAGCGCUUACACCAGCUGCCUCUGUGCAGAAGAGGGGAAAACCUUCCAGUGGGAGGUGACAGCCACCAGCUUUGGGGAAGUGAACUUCACUGUCAGCACCGAGGCCCUGCACACCCAGGAGCUGUGUGGCAAUGAGGUGGUUAUAGCGCCUGCCCAGGGGAGAGUGGACACUGUGAUAAAGCCCCUGCUUGUCCAGCCGGGCGGGAUCCUGGAGGAGAAGGCGCACAGCUCCCUGCUCUGCCAGGAAGUGUCAGAGAACGUCUCCCUGGCGAUUCCUGGGAACAUAGUGGCAGGCUCUGAGCGAGCCCACGUGACUGUCCUGGGUGACAUGAUGGGCGCAGCUCUGCAAAACAUCGACCGCCUGCUGGCCAUGCCACAUGGCUGCGGAGAGCAAAACAUGGUUCGGUUUGCUCCCAACAUCUACAUCCAGCAGUACCUGGAGAAGAGCGGCCAGCUAACCCCAGAGAUCAGAGACAAGGCCCAGGGCUUCCUGAAGAGUGGGUACCAGCGUGAGCUGAAAUACAAGCAUGAUGAUGGCUCUUAUAGCGCUUUUGGGAAGAGCGAUGCCACAGGCAACACCUGGCUGACGGCCUUUGUUGUCAAGUGUUUUGGCCAAGCCAGACCCUACAUCUUCAUUGACCAGCAGCACAUUGAGGAUGCCCUCAAGUGGCUGCAGCAGCACCAGAUGGAGAGCGGCUGCUUCCAGAGUGUGGGGAAACUGCUGAACAACGCCCUGCAGGGCGGUAUCUCGAACGAGCUCUCUCUCUCCGCUUACAUCACGGCUGCGCUGCUGGAGCUGGGGCUGCCGCUCAUGGACCCCAUGAUGAGCAAGGCCCUCCAGUGCUUGCACAAAUCCUCCAACACCACUGACAUCUACACACAGGCGCUGCUGGCCUACUCCUUCGGGCUGGCAGGGGACAUGCAGCUGUGGAGUGCCCUUCUGAAAAGCCUGGCCCAGUACAGCACUAGCUCUGGGGGGCAGCUCCAUUGGGAGAGGAAGGUGAAGCCGCCGCCUGGCACUGAUUCCUUCUGGGCCCAAGCCCUGUCAGCUGAAGUGGAGAUGACCGCGUAUGUCCUUCUGGCCUAUCUCUCCCCGCCCAAAGAGGCUACUGCUGACCUGGCGACUGCCUCCCAGAUUGUCCGCUGGCUCAGCAAGCAGCAAAAUCCCUAUGGCGGCUUUGCGUCCACACAGGACACGGUGGUCGCCCUGCAGGCCCUGGCCAAAUACGCAGCUUUGACAUACAGCGUGAGCGGGGACAUGACGGUGACAGUGAAGUCGCAGGGCAGUUUCCAGCAGGAAUUCCACGUGGACAACACCAACCGGCUGGUGCUGCAGCAAGCGACCCUGCCGCAGAUCCCUGGGGAGUACACAGUGACGACCCAGGGACAGGGCUGUGCCCUGGUGCAGCUGACCCUGCGCUACAACCUGCCACCAAAAAGUGCCACGACCUUUGACCUGCGUGUGGAGACAGACCCUAAGGAGUGCACUGGGAAUGCCAGAACCCACUUCAGCCUCAUCCUUCAUGCUCGGUACAGCGGAGGGCGCUCAGCCACCAACAUGGCCAUCCUCGAGGUCAAACUGCCAUCCGGCUACCUCCCUGACAAGAAGUCCGUGAGGAAGCUGGAGAACGAGGGUUUGGUGAAGAAGCUGGAGCUGUCUGCUGAUGAAGUGAUACUCUACUUGGACCAGCUGACUAAAGAGGAGACAACGUUCACCUUUUCUGUGGAGCAAGAUUUCCCUGUGAAGAAUCUCAAGCCAGCCACUGUGAGACUGUACGAUUACUAUGAGAUGGCUGAACACACAGAAGCUGAAUACAGUGCCCCGUGCAGCUCAGCCCCUGGCACAGAGGAAGGAAAUUCUCGCUGAUGCCCCUAGCCUGGCCUCCCAGCUGGGCCCCUGCCUUCCCAUCCCAGACACCGCAGCAGCAGCCAGACACCGAAUGAUCUGCAGAGCUGACUGGCCCUUUCUUAGCAGCUGCUCCUAGUCCCAGCUGCCCCCUUCCCCGCAGCUUGGGCUGGAUGGAGCUGAGCAGUCAAGACACAGACCCUGAACACCUCCUGCAGACAACACAUCUCAGGGUGCUCUGCAAACAUGCCCCUGCCAUCCCUUCUCUCAAUCUUCAACCCUGCCCGCAUGACUGGAGCCCAUGUACGUGGGACCAGUGGGACUGCUGGGAUUUGCCUGCCUGCUGUGGCAGAAGCAGCAUAUUAGAAACUGUGACAUGUCA